GAAAACAUGAGAAUUCUACUACAUAUUCUAAUUUCUGACUUCAGUGCAUAUGGCACAACCACAAGAAGCUAAUGGAAGUUCCAAUAUCUCAAGCUAUGAUUCCUACUUCAAGACAGUGCAAUCCAGGAAGAAAUUACCACACUCGCUACAAGAGGUUUUAACAACUGCAUUUGCGAAAAUCCCAGUUUCAUCAUUUCCAGGAGUUCCUGGAGGCAAAGUAGUUGAGAUUUCAGCAGAUACAUCUAUUGGUGAAGCAGUCAAGAUUUUGUCUGAAUGCAACAUUUUGUCGGCCCCUGUGACUAACCCAAAUGCAAAAAGCAGCUCGGAGUGGAGAGAUAGGAACCUAGGAAUCCUAGAUUACUCAGUCAUUGUUCUUUGGGUGAUGGAGAGUGCAGAACUGGCAGCGGUUGCUCUCUCAGCGAGUUCAGCAACAGCUGCUGGAGUUGGUGCAGGAGCUGUUGGAGCAAUUGGAGCAGUAGCAUUGGGUGUGACUGGUCCUGUUGCAGUUGCAGGGUUAACUGCAGCUGCAGUUGGAGCUGCAGUGGCAGGUGGAGCAGCUGCUGACAAAGGGAUGGGCAAAGAUGCUCCCACGGCUGCUGACCAGUUGGGCCAAGACUUCUACAAAACUAUACUGCAAGACGAACCCUUCAAGUCAACCACAGUAAGGUCAAUACUUAAAUCCUAUCGCUGGGCCCCUUUCCUUCCCGUAACAAGUGACAGUUCUAUGUUGAGCGUCUUGCUGCUACUUUCAAAAUAUAGACUGAGGAAUGUACCUGUGGUAGAACCCGGCCAAGCCACUAUCAAGAACUACAUUACUCAAUCAGCAGUUGUCCAUGGUCUUGAGCGAUGCAAAGGAAGAGAUUGGUUUGACUGCAUUGCCGCAAAGCCUAUAUCGGUUCUGGGACUUCCUUUUAUGUCCUCUGAUGAGGUUAUCAGUGUCCAGAGUGGUGACUUGAUACUGGAAGCUUUCAAGAAGAUGAAAGAUAACCAAAUUGGCGGACUUCCGGUUAUAGAAGGGACAAAGAAGCAGAUAGUUGGCAAUGUCAGCAUAAGAGAUAUCAGACACUUGCUGCUCAAACCCGAACUCUUCUCCAAUUUCAGGAAGCUCACUGUCAGGGACUUCACGAGCACCAUCUCAACAUGCCAGAAUAUUGGAAAGGCCGUCCCAGCAAUUACAUGCAAUCUGGAGUCCACUCUCGGUAAUGUGAUUGAAACUCUUGCUUCCAAGUCCGUUCACAGAAUAUACGUGGCAGGGCAUGAAGGUGAAGUUGUUGGUGUCAUAACACUCAGAGAUGUGAUUUCUUGCUUCAUCUACGAGCCCCCCAACCACUUUGAUGACUACAUGGGGUCUACGCUGAAGGAGAUGCUGAAUCAGUGAAACUCACGUAUGUGGAAUGCUUACAUGGAUAUCCAGAGACAGUAACAAAACAGUAAUCAAAUCGUGGUUGUCAAUCUAUAUAUCUACUUUUCAUGCAAUCUUAAUAAACUUAAGCCAGGGAUCUUUCUUGACUUUUGGUUAUCUAUCAUUUUCCUAAUG